AGGUCCUCCCAACUUAAACAAACAAUUGAAAGAAAAACAUAAACAAGAGCAAAACCCAGAGAGAGAGAGAGAGGGAGCAAAUCAUAUCCAUCACGGCGCCGGAAUUCCCUCAUGCAAGCGCCUAUAUAAAUGGCUCAGUCCCUCUCCCAGGUUCUCACUCACCCCUCCAAGCCCACCACUUCCAUCAUUUCUCUCUCUCUCUCCACAAACCACCAUAACUUUUCACGUUCUAUUAUUUCACUUCAGCAACCAGAUUAGACCCACAACCCCAUAGCAAUCACCAUAAUCCAUCCUCUCUCUCUCUCUCAAAACGCGCAACACGUGCACCAUGAGCUGUCUACAGGAAUGGCCCGAGCCCAUCGUCCGGGUCCAGUCCCUAUCCGACAGCGGCAUCCGCGAAAUCCCCCAGCGCUACGUGAAGCGCCCCGCCGACCGCCCCGAGCGGGCCUCAGCCGAUGACGCCGACAUUCCGGUGAUCAACCUCGGCGAGGUGUUCGACGCCGGCGCAGACCCCCGCGAUCGGCGGCGGACGCUGGAGAGCAUCGGCAGCGCGUGCCGCGAGUGGGGUUUCUUCCAGGUGGUCAACCACGGUGUGAGCCCCGAGCUGAUGCAGCGGACGCUGCAGGCUUGGCGGGAGUUCUUCGCGCUGUCGGAGGAGGAGAAGCAGGCGUACGCCAACUCUCCGAAAACGUACGAGGGGUACGGCAGCCGGCUGGGAGUGGAGAAGGGGGCGAUUCUGGACUGGAGCGAUUACUUCUUUCUCCACUAUCUUCCGCACUCGCUCAGGGACACCGCCAAGUGGCCUGCGCUUCCUUCCUCAUGCAGGGAAGGGGUGGCGGAGUUCGGAGAAGAAGUGGUGAAACUGUGUGGGAGAUUGAUGAAGGUGUUAUCGGUGAAUUUGGGGCUGGGGCCGGAGGAGCUGCAGAGGGCUUUCGGAGGAGAAGAGGUGGGGGCUUGCCUAAGGGUGAAUUUCUACCCCAAGUGCCCGCAACCAGACCUGGCGCUGGGACUCUCCUCCCACUCUGAUCCCGGCGGCAUGACCCUUCUCCUCCCUGACCAUGAUGUCUCCGGCCUCCAAGUUCGCAAGGCCGACCGCUGGGUUACUGUCAAGCCUGUCCCCCAUGCUUUUAUCGUCAACAUUGGUGAUCAAAUCCAGAUACUGAGCAACGCAAAUUACAAGAGCGUGGAACACCGGGUGAUAGUGAACUCGAAGAAAGAGCGUGUCUCCCUUGCAUUAUUCUACAAUCCCAAGAGCAAUUUGUUGAUUCAACCUUUGAAAGAGUUGGUGACGCCUACUUGCCCCGCGCUCUAUUCUCCAAUGACGUACGACCAAUAUCGACUCUACAUGAGGACCAAGGGUCCGACCGGAAAAUCUCAAGUUGAAUCUCUCAAAUGUCCCUCUACAUGAUCUCUCCAAUCUCAUAAAAUGAGUAGUACCCAAUGUCUAAAGAGCCUAUUUAAGGUUAAAUCUUGACAAAAUACAAGAAUAAGCCUCAUCAAUUACUCUUGUAUAUAAUCGGAUACUACUCAUUCAUAUGUGCAUGUAUAAUACAAAUAUUGGCAAGCUAAAGAUGUCAAUUACUAUUAAGUAAAUAAAAAUCCCUUCCUUCUAUGUGAUUUACAAUUAAA